AUGGCCGCCGAAUCUGCCUCAAAGCGCCUCAAGACCAGCGACUCGUCCUCCGCCGUCACCAUCGGCACCCACAAUGGCCACUUCCACGCCGACGAGGCCCUGGCCGUCCACAUGCUGCGCACCCAUGUCCCGCGCUACCAUGGCGCCCGCCUGAUCCGCUCUCGCGACCCCAAGGUCCUCGAGACCUGCGAUACCGUCGUCGACGUCGGCGGCGAGUACGACGCCGACCGCCGCCGCUUCGACCACCACCAGCGGGGCUUCACCACAGUCUUCCCCGGCCGCAGCACCAAGCUGAGCUCCGCCGGCCUGGUCUACAUGCACUUUGGCAAGGAGAUCAUCGCCAACAGGCGCGCCGCAGCCGCCGCCGCCGAGGGCAGCAGCGAGGUCGACCUGAUCUACAACAAGGUCUACGAAUCGUUCGUCGAGGCCGUGGAUGCCAACGACAACGGUGUGAGCGUGUACGACUCGGAGGGUAUCGCCGCCGCCGGUCUGGAGAAGAGGUUCAGCGACGGCGGCUUCACGCUGGGUGCCAUGGUUGGCCGCCUGAACGCAAACUGGAACGACCCCACGCCCAGCGACCCUGUCGAGGCGCAGGCGGCUGAGGAUGACAAGUUUAUCACCGCGAGCCAGCGGAUUGGAGAGGAGUUUGACAGGGCACUAGACUAUUUCGUCAGCGCCUGGCUGCCGGCACGCGCCCUCGUAGAAAAGGCCUUCGCCGAGAGGCCGCAGUACGACGCGCAAGGCAGGAUAAUGGUGCUGAGCGGCCAGAGCUGCCCGUGGAAGGACCACCUGUACGCCUUGGAGGACGAGAACAAGGAGGCCGGCAAGGUGUUGUAUGUCCUGUACCCAGAGAAGCCCACACCAGACGCCAAAUGGAGGGUACAGACGGUGCCCGUGACCAAGGACUCGUUUGAGAGCCGCAAGGCCCUCCCCAAGGAGUGGCGCGGAGUAAGGGACGAGGAGCUGGACAAGGUGUCUGGCGUGCCGGGUUGUGUCUUCGUUCACGCGGCUGGUUUCAUUGGCGGGAACAAGACCUUCGAGGGUGCGCUCGAGCUCGCUAAGAAGGCGUUGGACUAG